CUCGAGGACGCGCCGCAGGUAAACCACAGGUGUGUUGUCCCGCAGUUUGAAGGAGACCAAUCCGGAUCCAUGCAACCCUGAGCGCGAAGGAAAGUUAAUUAAGGCUUCGCUGUUGAAGAUGGAGUGAUUGCAGGAACAGUUGAAAUCAUCAACUUUAAGAGGAGACGCUGAGUUGCUUGUUUUUUGCUCUCUCUCUCUUUUCGACUGUGGAUUUGAAUGAAUUGAUUGAUAGUCACAUCAAGUUGGAUUGCUGUGUAGAGGCUAUGGGUUUGUGCACAAUGGAUUUACGAACGGGAGUUUUGCUCGUCAUUUUCACGUUCUCAAGUCUUCUGCAUGACUCCAGAGGGGAAAUCCCACCCAAACCAACCGGCGGUGUCUCGAUUCUGCCGCCGAUUAUCCCCGAUAAUGGCCCCCAGGCGUUUCCAGACGCGGAAAAGGCGAAUAUGCCAGUGUUUACAAUGGAUUACGAAAGAAUACAGAUACCAUUUGAGAUCACUCUUUGGGUGCUGCUGGCUUCAUUCGCAAAAAUUGGUUUCCAUGUGUACAAAAAGAUCACCAUCUGGGUGCCAGAGUCCUGCCUUCUCAUCACCAUCGGUCUGAUCGUGGGUGGCAUCAUGCACUCUGUGCACGAGGAGCCCCCUGCUGUGCUCAGCAGCAAUGUCUUCUUCCUCUACAUGCUGCCCCCGAUUGUCCUCGACUCUGGAUACUUCAUGCCCACCAGGCCUUUCUUCGAGAACAUCGGCACGGUGCUGUGGUUUGCAGUGGUGGGCACUCUGUGGAACAGCAUCGGCAUCGGCAUGUCCCUGUUCGCCAUAUGCCAGAUCGAGGCGUUCGGCGUGCAGGACAUCAACCUCCAGGAGAACCUGCUGUUUGCCACCAUCAUUUCGGCCGUGGACCCUGUGGCCGUGCUGAGCGUGUUUGAGGACGUGUCUGUGAACGAGCAGCUCUACAUCGUGGUGUUUGGAGAAUGCCUCUUCAAUGAUGCCGUCACUGUGGUGUUGUACAACAUGUUCAACUUUGUGGCGGAGAUGCCGGAAGUGGAGCCGGUGGACGUUUUCCUCGGGGUGGCGCGGUUCUUCGUGGUCGGGCUCGGCGGGAUGGGCUUCGGCAUCCUGUUUGGCUUCACGGCCGCCUUCACCACGAGAUUCACCUCCAAGGUCCGGGAAAUCGAGCCGCUCUUCAUAUUCAUGUACAGCUACCUGGCCUAUCUAGUAGCCGAGCUCUUCGCCAUCUCAUCCAUCAUGGCCAUUGUGACCUGUGCUCUCACCAUGAAGUACUACGUUGAAGAAAAUGUUUCCCAGCGUUCCUGCACAACCAUCCGCCACGUGGUCAAGAUGCUUGGCUCCAUCUCCGAGACCCUCAUCUUCUUCUUCCUGGGGGUAGUCACCAUAACAACAGAACACGAGUGGAACUGGGGCUACAUCCUGUUCACAUUGCUGUUUGCUUUUGUGUGGAGGGGUCUGGGUGUCUUGGUGCUGACUCAGAUCAUUAACCCUUUCCGCACCAUCCCAUUUAACUUGAAAGAUCAAUUUGGUCUGGCCUACGGGGGUCUACGAGGUGCGAUUUCAUUCGCCUUGGUCUUCACCCUUCCCGAGAACAUCGGCCGCAAGCAGCUCUUCGUCACUGCCACCAUUGCUGUCAUCCUCUUCACUGUCUUUCUCCAGGGCAUCAGUAUCCGACCUUUGAUUGAGUUCAUCAACGUCCGCAGAACCAACCGCAAUCUUGACACCAUCAACGCAGAGAUUCACUGCAGGCUCAUAGAGCACACUAUAGCUGGCCUAGAGGACCUCUGUGGACAGUGGAGCCACUUCUACUGGAAGGACAAGUUUAUGAAGUUCAACAAUCGAAUCCUGCGGAAGAUCCUGAUCCGAGACAACCGGGCCGAGUCCAGUAUUGUGGCGCUGUAUAAGAAGCUGGAACUGCAGAACGCCAUGGAGAUCCUGGACACUGUGUCUGGAGACAUCAGCGCCGCUCCGUCCAUUGUCUCUCUCUAUGAGGAAAAGAAAGGCCCGGCUAAACCUAAGAAGAAGUUCCUGGCUCCUGACCUGAAGAACAUGCAUGACAUCCUGUCCAAGAACAUGUACAGGAUCAGGCAACGGACGGUGUCGUACACAAGUAAGCAUGCCCUGCCCAACGACAGUCACACCAGAGAGAUCUUGAUGAGACGCCACGCCAGCGUCCGCCGCAGCAUCCGACCUGGCAGCUUUCAGUCAUCGGUGGUACCCAAAUCCCAGAAAUAUUUCUCUCUUCCUGCUGGGAAAAGUCUGGAUUCAAAAUUCCCCCCUGGGAGGCAGAGCUAUACAGAUGAUCAGGAAACGAUGUCGGAGGUGGCCUACCCCUCCAGACGUUCUCGGUUUGGCCAGCCCGCACGCUCCUCCUCCGGAGCCAUGAUGCCUCUACGCAGGCUGGACACUGUAACAGAGGCACACUCUGUUGACAUGCUGGAUGAGAUCACAGGGGAGGACAGAGGCAGGUCGGGGCGUGUCACGUCCAGAACAAACUCCUCCUCCAGUGAUUCCCACAUUCCCGCUCCUCACCGUCGCCUCUACUCCUCCGUUGAAACCGAAAGCGCCUCAGCUGAUAACUUCAGGAACGGGCAUCAUGAAGCAGAAGACGAGCAGCAGCCUUCGUCCCCACCUCCAGGCUGGGCUACUGAACCCCGAGACAACGCAGCGCAAAACCCUCUGCUCAGGCGGCCUCAGUGGAACCCGAAGAUAUAAAAGUGUCCCUGGGCUUUCAAGAGCAGCUGGACUGCCACAGGCUCAGGUUCUCGAGCAGCUCCAGGGUCUCUACAUACGACUGUGUGUUCAUACCACUCAACGAUAAAUGACCACUGGAGGUCCAUUCAUUCCUUAUUAGAGGUGAACCAUCCUCCAAAAUGAGCCAAAAUGGUAAUGCCUUGAAGUCAACGGUGUCAGCCACACCAGAAGCAGAGUGCACUAUAGUGAAGCAACGCGACAUGAAUCGUCACCAGUGACUCAUUCUGACAAUUUUAUCCGUGCAGUUACUUCACCCAUUCACAUCAAUGUGAUUUUCAAUACGUUAUCUUCCUGUAGGAUUUUUAAAGAUUAUGUAAUUUAAACUAUUUUAUUUUUAGUCAUUAUUUCUCUCUCCUUGGAUGUAAAUAAUAUACUUUUUUUGUACUAUUGUGUGUGACAGUUGUAUAAUUGAGAAUACAAGUUUUUAUAUUUAGGCCAUAUUAGUUUAACAUGAGGAACUAUUGCUGUGCAGUACAAAGUUCUCUUGGGACUAACUGGAGGCCUUCUGUGUGUCGAUUACAGUGAUGGACCUCACAUAUUUGGGCCCACUUUAAUAUUUUUUCUGUAAUAAAUUUUCUAUGUUGUUGGAAGCUGAUAUCAAGCAUUCUCAAUCAAACCAUGGUCACAGUGCAAGUUUAUAAAUGUGACACUGAAGGCACUGCGCAUGGAGGAAAGAGGAGAUGGGGAAAUAAGUACAGUCUAUAAGAAUGAAGCAUUUAUGUCAUUGUUUCAUUUACAACUCAAGACUUGCAUACACAAAUGUUAUUACUUGUGACUUUUUGGCACAAAUAUGGCAUGUACUUCAUAGAUUCACUGACAGCUUUACAGAAAUGUAUACAAUUCUCCCUCUUAACCAGGGGGUAUUUGGGCUUUUAAACAACAGUGGAGAUCAGUAUACAGUUGAUAAUUUAAACCUCCCAAACCCACAAGCUGUGA